AUGAAUUUCUUGCUUUAAUGUUACUUAAAUCUUUGGAAAUAUGCGGAGAAGUUUUGCUCCCAGUCAGUUAGCGAAGAGAAAAAUAUCUCCGCCUUCGAUUUCCAGUAAACGAAACAAAGUUGAUUCUAGAAGCGUUAGAACUGUCAAAAGUCGCAAAGACACUGAAGACACUAAUGAUUCUUCAUUUAAAGAAAAUAUUAGCCACGAAGAACUCAUUAAAACUCUUCUAUCUAAACCAUACCAAGUUCCUAUUCCCAAUUAUAAUGGCUCUUAUAGAGGAAGAUCUCUGGGAAUGCGUCGUUCUGGUGUUAAGACGGCAUUACACGAUCCUGAUGAAGAAGGAGCUCUAGUGUUAUAUGAACCCGCAAAGCAGACACUGCAUGAAAAACAAGUUUUGACAAAUUCUACUGAUGUUGACGUGCAUGUAGUAGUUGAUCCAAUUCUAUCUAAAAUUUUACGACCCCAUCAAAGGGAAGGAGUUAAAUUCAUGUGGGAUUGUAUAACUGGUAAACAAAUUGAAAACAGUUUUGGCUGUAUUAUGGCUGAUGAGAUGGGCUUAGGUAAAACUCUUCAGUGUAUAACAUUGCUAUGGACUGGUUUAAGACAAGGUCCCACUGCCAAACCAGUAAUAGAAAAAGCCAUUAUAGUUGCUCCAAGUAGUCUUGUUAAGAAUUGGGAAAGAGAAGUCACUAAGUGGCUGAGUGGGAGAGUAAACACUUUAGCAAUUGAUGGGGGAAGUAAAGCUGAAAUCGAUAAAAAAUUGGAAAGCUUUGUGUAUGCCAUAGGCAGAAUCUGCACGCCAAUUUUAAUAAUAUCCUAUGAAACUUUUAGAUUGCAUGCUUAUGUUUUGUACAAGACUGAAAUUGGUUUGGUUAUUUGUGAUGAAGGUCAUCGUCUGAAGAAUUCUGAUAAUCAGACUUAUCAGGCAUUAGAUAAAUUGGUGGCUAAACGUAGAGUGCUUUUAUCAGGCACACCAAUUCAGAAUGAUUUGCUUGAAUAUUUCAGUCUUAUACAAUUUGUGAAUAAAGACAUUCUUGGUUCUGCUCAAGAGUUUAAAAAAAAGUUCGAGAGGCCUAUUCUCAGGUGUCGGGAUAUCGAUGCAACUCUUGCAGAACAAGAAAAAGGUAAAGAGAAGUUAGAUGAGUUGAUAGCCAUAGUCAAUCGAUGUAUGAUCAGAAGAACAUCUCAAUUGCUCUCAAAUUAUCUACCUGUUAAAAUAGAACUUGUUGUUUGCUGUGAAAUGACUGAUUUACAGAAAAGCUUGUAUUCUCACUAUGUAAAUUCACAAGCAGUUUCGAAAGCUCUUGACAAUAAAAGUAAAAUUAGUGCUCUCUCGGCAGUAACAAGUCUGAAAAAGAUUUGUAAUCAUCCAGAUCUGAUUUAUGAAUUAGCUAAAAAGAACCAAGAUGGUUUAGGUGUGUGUGUAAAACUCUUUCCAUCAAAUCAUGGUAAAAACCUGAUACCAGAGCUUUCUGGAAAAAUGAAAGUAUUAGAUGGCAUUUUAGCUGUUGUGAAAACUACAACAAAUGAUAAAGUAGUAUUAGUUUCAAAUUAUACACAAACAUUAGACAUGUUUGAAAAACUUUGCCAGUUGAGAAACUAUACCUUUGUACGUUUAGAUGGAACAAUGACUGUCAAGAAACGUGGGAAAAUUGUAGAAAAUUUCAAUGAUCCAAAUAAUAAUUUAUUUAUAUUUAUGCUGAGUAGUAAAGCCGGUGGUUGUGGUUUGAAUCUUAUUGGUGCUAAUCGGCUGAUUAUGUAUGAUCCUGAUUGGAACCCUGCAAACGAUGCCCAAGCUAUGGCUCGAGUCUGGAGAGAUGGUCAAAAGAAAGAAUGUUUUGUGUAUCGUUUGUUGUCUACAGGAACUAUUGAUGAGAAGAUUUUGUUGCGACAAACUCAUAAAAAAGGGCUCAGCAGUUGUGUUGUUGAUGAAGAAGAGGUCCAAAGACAUUUUAGCCUGUCUGAACUGAAGGCAUUAUUUCGUUUAGAAACCGGUACUCUUAGUGAUACACAUGACAAAAUUCGAUGUAAUCGUUGUGUAAAUGGCAUCCAAGUAACUCUUCCACCUGCAGAAGCAACUUGUAACAAUGAUUUAUCACAGUGGCAACAUGCAAGUGAUAAAAAGAAUGUUCCAGACCCUGUUCUCAAAACAUGUUGGACUACAGGGGUAACUUUUGUGUUUCAUCAAAAGUCUCACGAGAAGAAGUAUAUUCCUUAAUUUACUUUUUCAAUUUUACAGGACUUUAAAAACUAUGCCAAUUUGAAUAAUGAUUUGCCAAAUUCAAGUAACAAUUUAUCUCUUAAAAAGAAUUUUGAUAUAUAUUUUUCAGGGUUGCAAAAAACCCGGGUUUUUGUAGAAAAACCCAACCCGAGUGGGUUUUUCUGGGUUUUAUUGGGCAUUUCUGGGUUCUAUUGGGCUUUUCGGGUUUUUCAUGUUUUUAUGGGAGGGUUUUCAAAAGAGAGAGCAGGGAUAAGUACCUUAUUUUAAAAAAACUUAUUUUAAUAUUAAUAAUUAAGUUUAAUUUAUAAAUUGACUUCAUAUAGAUAAUUAAUACAAAUAAAUUGAUGUGAAAGUCUGAAAAAAGUUUCUUCAUAUAUCAUGAUACAAAAUGUCAUAUGUACUCACAUACGUCACACAUUUGAAACUUAUUUUAACACAGGAUUACUUUUUAUUUAUAUUUUAAUUUUAAAAAAUGUUAGGGGAAUUUUUUUUAUUUGCAUAGAAAGCGAAUCAAUGGCCAUACAGUCAAAUCUAGCCAGCAAGGUGACUCUCCAGUCUUCAACACAAUUAGUUUCUUCACUGUAGGUUAAUUUUUUUUUAGGCUAGAUUGCAUAUAUAUUUCAAUAGAAUAGCUCUUUAAUAUAACAGGGGAUGAAAAAAGAAAUCAAUCUUAGAAAAACCCAGUAAAACCCACUUUAGGGUGUGUUUUACCAGGUUUUUCAGAGUGGGUUAUACCCAGUAAAACCCGGGUGGGUUUUUUGCAACCCUGAUAUUUUUUCAAAAUAAUGUUUUGUCCCAAUAGUACAUGAAAUAACUUGUAGAACUUGGUGUUUAUUUGUUCUACUUUUAUAACAUUUCAAGCAUAAUAAUUUAAAAAUAGCUUUUUUUCAGAAUGUGCCUUAUUAAUAAAUAGUUCAGUAUUUUCCUACUAUGACUCAUUAUGUAAUAAUCAUUAAAAACAUGUAAGAAAAAAGAAAGAUUUCCAACUCUUGUUCUCGAAACUUGGUUAAAUAAAGAACAAGGGUUAGUUUAUGUUUUUAUUAAAAGUGACUAAAAGUUUCUAUUAAAAAGAAUAGUUUUAUACAAGUUCGGGUAUGGAGAAGGAAAAGAUACUUCAGAUCCUAUUGUACUCAUUAUUUAGGAAAAAUUACUGUAGGAGUAGUUUUUAUGUUUAAAAGUCAUAAAAAGAACACGUAAUUCCUUAAUAAACUGUUUAAUUUUGCUAGUUUUUUUCAAUAUUUUUCACUAAAGUAGUUUAUAUAAAUUAAUUAAUUGCUAUUUAUUUUCUGAUCAAAACUGCAAAUUAUUUGAAAAAUAUAGAUUGAAUUUAAUAAAUACUGAUGAAAAAGCUUUAUAAAAUGAGCAUACGUUCUAUCAUAGUUCAUGUACAAAUUACAUUAUCUUGCAUUAAUUUAUUUCAAAUGUUUGGUAUUUGAGCAAUAAAAUAAUAUUCAGAGAUGAUUGUGCUCUG